AUGUUUGUAUCGAAUUCUGUUUAUCUAACUCAUCAAGAAACCAUUUCAUUUAAUGUUCUUGUUGGAAAAGAGGAUGGUCGUCCUCUUCCUCCUACUUCCCAUGAAAACGUUAAAGAAUUUGAAACUGCAUUAGCGUAUAAUGGUUGUUUUCGUAUAUAUACAAAAGACACCUAUAAUAAAGUUGCCGAAGCUCUUAGUCAUUAUUCUCAAUACAUUAUUACUUCUGUUCCUUUCUUUAAGUGGAUGUUUGGCCUUUCAGUUUUAGCUUUCGUUACAUCAAUUGAACAUGGUGAUUCAUUUAAUUCUCAUUCUAUUUCAUACACUGUUAAAUUGCCGCAAUUAUAA